CCCAUUCUAAGGGCUGUCGAAGGGAGUGUACCCUGAUAAGAAUCAGACGGAAGAGAGCUCGUAAGCGUACGAGCGUAGUAGUCACGUUGAUGAUCUGGACCUCAGCCCGUCAGCUGCGGCUCGUGCUGUCCGCCUGGGCACGCAGAGCAUCCUCGUCGGCCGACCUUGCCAAGCCAAAGGCUGAUGGCAGUGGAAGGGACUCCCUUGGGCGGAGGCUUUUGAGCCUCAUAUAUCCGAAGCGCAGCGCGUUGGUUGUCCUCCGAAAAUGGGCGGAGGAGGGAAAGACCAUCCAGAAGUACCAGCUCAAUCGCGUCGUUCGCGAACUCCGCAAGUAUAAGCGAUUCAAGCACGCCCUUGAAAUAUGUGAAUGGAUGACAACUCAGCCACAGAUCAAACUAUUACCAGGUGACUAUGCUGUUCAUUUAGAUUUGGUUGCGAAAAUUCGUGGCUUGGCUAGUGCGGAGAAGUUCUUUGAAGAUCUCCCUGAUAGGAUGAAGGGGCAAUCAACGUGCACUGCUCUUCUUCACACUUAUGUACAGAACAAGUUACCAGAUAAGGCUGAACUCCUACUGAAAGAAAUGAUGGCCCAUGGAUUUCUCACAUGCCCCCUUCCCUACAAUCAUAUGCUUACUCUCUACCUAUCAACAGGUGAGCUAGAUAAGGUGCCGAAACUGAUAAAAGAGUUAAAGAGGAACACUACUCCGGAUGUAGUCACCUAUAACCUAUGGUUAACUUUCUGUACAAGGAAAGGCUGUCCAGAAGCUGCAGAAAUGAUCUAUCAUGAGAUGAGAAAAGAGAAGGUAGCUGCUGAUUGGAUAACAUAUAGCUUGUUGGCAAACAUAUAUAUUAAGUCAGGAUGUCAUGAUAAGGGGCGAGAAGCAUUGAUGGAGAUGGAGAAAAGGGCUUCUAGAAAAGUGCGAGCUGCAUAUUGCUCUCUUCUUAGCCUCCAUGCAAUCCUGUCAGAUAAAGAUAGUGUAGAUCGGAUAUGGAACAAAAUGAGAUUGAUCUUUAGAAAGUUGAGUGAUGUUGAGUACAAAUGCAUGCUCUCAUCGCUCACAAAGUUAGGUUGUAUUGAGGAAGCUGAAAAUGUUUACAGUGAAUGGGAGUCCGUGUCAGGUACACGUGAUUCAAGGGUACCAAACAUUAUUCUUUCCUUCUACAUUAAUAAUAAUAUGAUAAGCAAAGCAGAGAGUUUCCAUGAGCAUACUGUACAAAUUGGAAUAAAGCCUAGCUACUCUACAUGGGAAUUGUUAGCUUUGGGUCAGUUGGGCAGGAAGCGGAUGGACAAGGCCUUAGCUUGUUUGGAAAAGGCGUUUUCAAGCUUGGAGGAAUGGGAGCCUAAUGUCCAACUUGUAAGAGCAUUUUUUAGAGAGCUUGAGAAGAAUGGUGAUGUUGAAGGCGCAGAGGAACUCUUGGUUAUGCUUCGGCGUGCUGGGUAUGUAACCACUGAGAUUUAUAACUCGUUGCUUCGAACAUAUGCAGAAGCUUGUAAGAUGCCUCUAAUAGUUGCCGAACGUAUGAAGGAGGACGGUGUCCUAAUGGAUGAAGAGAGUAAGCAGUUGUUGAGGUUGACAAGCAAAUUUUGUGUUGGUGGAACUUCUACACUAAUUUCUUGAGAAGGCUCAAAUUUCAGGGAUGUACUAUUAGAUGGUAAUAGUGUACUAAAAGAUAAUUUUUCUUCGCAAUGUAAAAAUGAAGGCUUGCCUCUUUGACCUAACUUCGUAAAUACUUAAGAACUUCAUGGGAGCCUGAUUAUAGUCUUCUACUAGGAAUUACUCACAUCAGUGGCUCUUGUUACUAAUUUUUGUUACAAGAUCCUGCACAUGGUUUCUUAUACUUGACAACUCCUUGUGCCCUGCUUCUCAAUGUAUUUACUUGCUGUUUGCCUUUAUUCUA